UCUUAAGUGUCCCAAAAUCCUCCUUUUUUGCCAUGUAUUAAUUUUCAUGCACAACUUCACCUGUAUAUAUACACAAAGAGUGUGCCAUUCACACAUCACUAAUAAGAAAUACAUGAGUUUGCAUAGAGAGUCAAGAACAACAUUAAUGGCCACUACUGUAGCCUUUUUGCUAAUCUUCCUAAUUAUUCCAAAAUCUCAGUCUACUUCCUCAAUAUAUAUUCCAGAUUCUGAUGUUGAUCUCUUGGAAUUUCCUCUAAAUCUAGAGUUUUUGGAAGCAGAGUUCUUCUUGUUUGGAGCAUUGGGUUAUGGCUUAGACAAAGUUGCUCCAAACUUGACUAAAGGUGGUCCACCACCUAUUGGUACUAAAAAGGCCAAUUUGGAUGCUCUCACAAGGGAUCUCAUCUUGCAAUUUGGGUGGCAAGAAGUGGGACACUUGAGGGCUAUUCAAAAUACAGUGAAAGGGUUCCCAAGGCCAUUGUUGAAUUUAAGUUCAUCUUCAUUUGCCAAAGUUAUGGAUGCUGCAUUUGGGAGAACAUUGAGGCCCCCUUUUGAUCCUUAUGCCAAUUCUAUUAACUUUCUUCUAGCUUCAUAUUUGGUUCCCUAUGUUGGACUCACUGGAUAUGUAGGAGCAAACCCAAAACUCAAAGGAGCUACUUCCAAGAGACUAGUGGCGGGUCUUUUAGGUGUAGAAUCAGGCCAAGACGCUGUAAUUAGAGCAUUGCUAUACGAACGUGCAAUGACAAAAGUGAAGCCAUAUGGGAUAACUGUGGCAGAGUUCACAAACCAAAUUUCUAAUCUAAGGACGCAACUAGGGCAUGGUGGUCUCAAAGACGAAGGGCUAGUGGUACUGCCCAUUCUAGGCGCCGAGGGAAGAGUGGCCGGAAAUGUGCUCGCCGGAGACCAAUACUCACUUUCUUAUGGUAGGACACCGGAAGAGAUACUUAGAAUUGUAUAUGGUGGAAAUGGUGAUGAACAUGUGGCUGGGGGUUUCUAUCCUAAGGGAGCUAAUGGUCAUAUUGCUAGAUCAUAUCUUGCUCCUAUUCCUUAAUUAUCAAUCUUAUUACAACAUGCAUGCAUGUACGUGCAUGUUUCAUAGCUUGGAUUCCAAGCUAAGAAAGUUAAUAACACAACUUCUCUAAACUUUUUUGGUCA